UUUGCGCCGGAAGCAGUGAGGCGCAGUGUCCCGCACGUGUGCUAACAUGGCGGCGGCCGUGCCGGUGGAGGAGCUCCUGGCCCGGGCCGAGGCGGCGGAGGCGGCGGGGGCCCUCCCUCGCAGCGUUUCGGUGCAGAAGGAGCUGGAGCUGGAGUUCGACGAGGGCAACCUGCUGGCGGUGGAUAGGAACCCUGCUCCGCGAGGCCUGGCUCGAGAAGGAGCCCUGAAGGAGGAGAGGGAGAAGGAGAGGGAGUCGCUCCUCCGCUCCUUGGCCCGCGACAACGCGCAGCUGCUGGUGGCCCAGCUGUGGGCGCUUCCCUCGGAGCGGGCCGAGGCCGGGGCGGGCCCAGUGGUGGCUCGGUUGCCGGAGCCUUCGACCAAGCUGCCCAGGGAGAAGCCCCUGCCCAAGCCCCGGCCGCCCACCCGCUGGGAGCAGUUCGCCCGCCUCAAGGGCAUCCGCCCCACCAGGAAGAAGCGCGGGGGCUCCCUGGUGUGGGACGAGGGGGCCAAGGAGUGGCGCAGGCGAUGGGGGUACAAGAGGGCCGGAGGCGACAACGACCCCAAGCGGCCCCAGUGGCUCCUCGAGGUCCCCGCCUCGGCCGACCCGAUGCAGGACCAGUUUGCCCGCAGGAAGGAGGAGAAGCGGGAGCGCGUGGCCCGCAACGAGUUCAACAGGCUCCGCAACCUGGCGCGCGCCCAGAGGGGCCUCGGCGGCAGCAGCGCCAACAGCUCCGGAAAGGGUCCUAGCAGUCGUAACGGUCGCGUCGCACGGCCGGGAGCGGAGCUUCACCCGACGGGACACCAAGACCGGGCAGAGCUGGGCCACGUCACCUCCCUGGCCCGCCUCUCCACCGCCUCCAGGGGACGCUUCCAGCCCCGCUUGCCCAAGGAGCCCCCCAUCAGCACCGUCAGGGAAAAGAAGCAGAAGCGGCGCUUCGCUCCCCUGGUGGGAGACCUCGAAGGGGAGAAGAGGCGGCAGCUGGAGCUGGCCCGGAGCCUAGGGAGCAAGAAGCCGCCCCUGGACCUCACCCGCGCCGUCAACAAACAGCUCCGGGAGGAAGAGGCCGAGGCUGGAGCAAGGGCCAAAGGGAAGAAGCGCGGCCAGAGAGGGAAGAGGGGCCGACGGCAGCAGCAGAGGCCCGGAGGAGCCAAAGGGAGGAAAGGAGGAGCAGCGUCCCGAAAAGGAGGCCAAGGGAGGCCUGGAAACACCGGUGGAGGUGGCAAGAGGAGGACGAAAUGAGCCCCCUUCCCGCCACCCUAGGAGUGCAAAGGCCGAGGGGGAAAUGGCAGCACCUCUCCCCAUCUUUUCCCUAUGCAUGCUGCAUCCACACUGGAGGAAUAACCCAGUUUGGGACUGUUUUUCAGCAUCCUCGCUCAAGGCUAUGGAAUUCUGGGAGUUGGAGUUUGUUGUGGGCCCCAUAACAGAGCUCCGCUGUACUCUG